AUGGAUGCAAAUGAUCACGAAACACCUCAAAAUGAUGAUACUAAUAGACGUGACAUUGUAAUUAGUGUGGAAAAGAUUAAACAUAGCCAUGAACCGGCAACGAUUCAAGAUAAUAAUGGCUUUCAUGGAGCAGGAGUAGUAGAUAAUACAUGUCACGUUCGACAAGUGCUUGUAAAUAAGGUGGUGGAAGAGGUAAUACUCCUAGGAACAUCAGCCUGCCCAGUUGCAACAACCACCUAUCUUCUAUUCUCAAAGUCCAUAAUCUCAAUGCUCUUUUUAAGCCACAUGGGAAAAUCGGAACUAGCAGGAGUUGUUCUAGCCAUCGGUUUCGCAAAUAUGACAUGUGUGUCAAUCAUGAAAGGACUUUGUAUGGGGAUGGAUCCGAUAUGUUUUCAAGCCUUUGGAGCCAAGAGAUAUUCUGUCCUUAGCCAAACUUACCUCAAAACCAUCAUUCUCCUGUUGUUCAUUUCCAUUCCCAUCGCAUUCCUAUGGCUAAACAUUGAGCCUGUUUUGCAUGUUUUUGGUCAAGACCGCAGUAUUACAAAGGUUGCAAGAACAUACUUAAUUUUUUCUCUCCCAGAACUCCCUGCCCUGGCUCACCUCUUACCGUUGCGUUCCCUUUUGAGGACACAAGGAUUAAACUCACCAACAACAAUUGUUGCCACUUGUGUCACCAUCCUACACCUUCCUAUAAAUUACUUUCUUGUUAGUUAUCUAAAAUUGGGAAUCAUGGGCAUUGCAAUGUCGUCGACAUGGUUUACAUAUAACAUGAAUAUUGGGUUGGUACUCUAUGUUUACUUGUCGAAAGUUGCAAUCAAUCCUUGGAAUACCAAUAAGACCAACAUUAUGGCAUCUGUUUUAAGAGGUUGGGGACCAUUGUUGAGCUUAUCAAUCCCUAGUGUUUGUUCAGUUUGUUUAGAGUGGUGGUUAUAUGAAAUCCUUCUUUUUCUUAGUGGAUUAUUAGAGAAUCCUCAAUCUUGUGUCGCCGCAACUGGAAUCAUAAUGCAACUAACCGGAAUUGUCUAUGUGUUGCCAUUUGCUUUAAGUUUAAGCAUAUCACAACGUGUAGGGCAUGAGUUGGGCGGCGGUCAACCAGCUCGUGCACAAUGGGCUGCAGCGAUUGGGAUAUCCAUUGCGGUUAUAUAUGGACUUAUAAUCUUUGCGCUAUAUAUGUCCCUAAGAAAUGUGCUAGGAAUAUUGUAUACUAAUGAAAGUCAGAUCCUUAUAUUGCUUUCUUCCGCCCUACCACUAAUUGGCCUCGCUGAAGUGGGAAAUGCCUUGCAAACGGCUGCUUGUGGGGUACUAACCGGUUCUGCUAGACCCAAAGUUGGGGUCAGGAUAAACGUUGCCGCUUUUUACCUUAUAGGGCUUCCUACAUCAAUUGCGCUAGCUUUCUUGUUGAAGCUCGGUUAUCAGGGAUUGUGGCUAGGCAUGGUUACAUCACAGGCUGCUUGUGCAGUGUUGAUGGUGUAUACUUUGAUAAACACUGAUUGGAGGGAUCAAGCUAAAAGAGCUGAGGAGCUAACUUUGAUUGUUAAUAAGGAUGAUACAGAUUCAAUAGAACUUAUUUCUUGAUACAUAAGAAUGCUAGUGUUUUGCUAAUUUUUUCCAUAUAGUUACAUAUUUUUUUUCUUCAUUUAAUUAAUUAUUUAUUUAUAUAGUUUCGGUUACUAGAAGAUUCAAAUUGUUCAUUGAUUCUUGUUAGGAGUGAAAAUAGGAAGGAACUGCAUAUAUUCAAAAUUGUAAUAGUGUA